CUGCGGUUUGUUUGUUUUCGCUUGUUUUCGCUUGUUUUCGCUUCGGGAGUGCGGAGUGCAAGAAAUAUUAGAGAGCUACGUUCUGUGCUUGGUGAUAAGGGCAAGCAUAUUAAGAUCAUAGCUAAGGUGGACAGCAAGAUUGCACUGAGCCUAAUGCCAGAAAUAAUGAACGCAUCGGAUGGAUUACUUCUGAGCCGUGCCGACUUGGGAACACAAAUUCUAAUUGAAAAACUUUUCAUAACUCAAAAGUCGGUAUUGGGACAAUGUCAUAAGGUAGGCAAGCCAGUAAUAAUUGCAUCGAAUGUUCUGGAGUCGAUGCGUUUUAAUCCCUUUCCGACACGUGCAGAAUGUUUUGAUCUUGCAAAUGCAGUCAUUGACGGAGUUGAUUGCAUUAUGUUGUCAUCUGAGGUGGCGAUUGGCUUAUAUCCAAUUGAAACUGUAAGUAUUUGUUAUAUCCUGUGUCGUGAAGCAGAAAAGAUGGUAUGGUACCGCGAUCUUUUUGAGGAUUUGGUUCAUGAAACGCAGGGGGAGCUAGAUGCUUCUCAUUCAAUAGCUAUAACUACUGUUGAAAGAGCAAGGCGCACCAAAGCUACACUAAUCAUUGCGCUUACUACAUCAGGACGGUCUGCGGCCCUACUUAGCAAGUUUAGACCUCGAUGUCUAAUUCUAGCAGUCACUAGAUGUGAGAGGGCAGCUCGCUGGGUUAAUUUGCAUCGUGGUGUUUUACCUUUACUUUAUUCGGCAGACUGCGCUGAAAAUUAUGCAAAUGAUGUUGAUGCACGAGUAGGUUUUGCAUUAACAAGCGCAAAGAAAAGUGACUUAAUUAGUGAUGGUGAUCCGAUAGUUAUCGUCAGUGCAUGGAAAGACGGCGGUGGCUUUACUAACAAUGUCCGUGUUGUUUAUUCAUUUUUCGAGGCUGACCGUAUGGACUGUUUAUUUCGUGCUGAUCAAAAUAGCUCUCGCAAGAAUACUACAUUGCAAUCGAAACAAGGAAAAUCAGAUCCCCGAACAAUACUGUAGGAUUUUUCUCUAUGAAAUAUAUGUUUUAAUGAUGACCUAACCUGUUGAAAAAUACAUAUAAAAUGAUUAAACCAAAACUUACCAAAUUA